AUGUAUUCAACCAACUUCGAUCCUGGCUCCUCACCAGUCAUUGUGGUUCCUAUGCCAAAGUCCUACUCGGAUGAAGAUGAAGGCAGUUAUUGGGAAGAAACUGAAUCUUCUUCAAGCAAAAUUCGAAAGGAUCUCUCCGAUUGGCAAGAGAGACAUGCAAUCCUCGUUCUAUCAAGAGUCAAGGAAAUAUCUCAAUUGAGAUAUGCACUGUGUCCACGCCAUUUGAAGGAAAAUCAAUUCUGGAAAAUUUACUUUAAGCUUACCAGAAGCCAUGUUCUCGAAUAUGAGCUUCGUCACAUAAAACAUGAGAAAUUGAAGCGGAUGGCAAUGGAAGAUGAGAAAUCUUCAGUUAACAACUCGUAUGAAGUUGAAAUGGCAGAGGCAAAGGAUAUCAACUUUGUUGAGCCUCUACCACCCGCUGAAUGA